CGCCGCAGCCGCCAUGGCGGCGGGGCCCCGAGGUCCCGAGCCGGGGCCUGCACCCGGCGCCCGCUUCUUCUGCACCGCAGGCCGCGGCUUGGAGCCCUUCCUGAUGCGGGAGGUGCGGGAGCGGCUGCAGGCCGCGCAGGUUGAAUAUGUUUCAGGAAAAGUUUUUUUCACCACCUGUUCUGACUUGAAUAUGCAGAAAACAUUAAAAUCCACAGAAAGGGUAUUUUUGCUGAUCAAAAAGCAGUUUCUGUUUAAUGUUUCUUCUGUAAGUAAAGGAAAAAUAUUUAAUGAAAUGCAAAGACUUAUAAACGAUGAUCCUGAAAGUUGGUUGAAUGCCAUUUCAAUUUGGAAAAAUCUUCUUGAACUUGAUGCAAAAAAGGAAGAACUUUCUCAAAGAGAUGCUAAUCUACUAAAAAGAAGAAUGAGAGAAAAUGACACCGUUAUUGCUAAGAAAUUAAAAGCAGAACAAAUACAAGAGACACAAGAGACUAGGGAAUGCCAGCCAGAGAAACAAAUAGAAGAGGAAACCCUGGAGCAAGGAGAUUUUCUCACUGAAAGAGAAACAUUUCAAGAACUUGAGAAUGAUGUAGCGAAAGCAAUUGAUGCUCAUAACCACAAGGACUUGACUUUCCGAGUUUCUUGUCGCUGCAGCGGAGCUAUGGCAAAGACCCUUUCCGCACAGGAAGUAGGAAGAAUAAUUGGAAUUGCUCUUAUGAAACAGUUUGGCUGGAAAGCAGAUUUGAGGAGUCCGAAUUUAGAGAUCUUUAUACAUCUAAAUGACAUUUAUUCUGUCAUGGGAAUUCCUGUGUUCAGGGUUCCUUUAGCCAGCAGAGCUUACAUCAAGACAGCAGGAUUGAGGUCUACUGUAGCGUGGGCAAUGGCCUCUGUUGCUGAAAUUAAGGCUGGUGCAUUUGUUUUAGAUCCAAUGUGUGGACUCGGAACAAUACUUUUAGAAGCUGCUAAAGAAUGGCCGGAUGUGUACUAUGUGGGUGCUGACGUCAGUGACUCACAGUUACGAGGUGCGUGUGACAAUCUGAAAGCUGCAGGCCUCACGGGUAAAGUUGAGUUACUUAGAGUCUCUGUUAUAGAAUUGCCACUGCCUUCAGGAAGUGUCGAUGUUAUUAUUUCUGACAUCCCUUUCGGGAAAAAGUUUACGUUGGGAAAAGACAUCAGAAGCAUUCUACGAGAAAUGGAAAGAGUGCUUCACGUGGGCGGGACCCUCGUGCUGUUGCUCAGCGAGGACCACCGCAGGCGCCUGGGGGCCCGUGAAGAGCACAGCGUCCCCCGGGAUUCCAAAGGCAGCCACGCAGAUGAGCCUGAAACGGAAAAGUGCGUGAUUCCCAAAGAAAAAAAUGGCACAUCAGAGGCAGUGGCAUCUUCACUGGAAGCCAAUACCCAGGAAUGCUUACACGAAAUGCUACCCUUUGGCUCCUUGGUGCCCGUGGAAUGCUACAAAGUUAGCCUCGGGAGGACAGAUGCAUUCAUAUGCAAAUAUAAGAAGGCGGACUCUUCUGGACUGUAGCUGGCCAGACACAGGUUCGUGUCAGCCUCCAGGAGAAGGGUGAGCUCCAGGGUCCUGAUAGUGCCACAGAGUUCUGAGCAGACAGAUUCCCCCAAGACAGGGGUGAAUUUCUGCUUCGGGCUCUAAAAGGUUUAAUGUUUCUGACAAAGAACAGUUAAUAAAUAUGUAAACUAAAGCGCUCUGAAACGUUGGCUCUGUGGGAAUAGGGCAAGUUGCACUCUGCCUGCAGCGUUUCUGAGCAGAAACCGCAACGUCACAACCAAAGCUUUCAGAGGUUCACAGCAUGUCAAAAUCAUCACAAGGUUGCUAAUGUUUUAACUGUCAGAAUUUUUUGAAUUUAGAAACCUUUAUGUUAAUUCUUU